AUGUCUGAAGAAGGUGCUUAUCACGAGGAUACAGCCGUCCAAAAUCCUCCACCAGAAGCUUUGUCACCAGUUGAAUCUGACUCGAACUCAGCUUUAUCUACUCCAUCUAACAAAGCUGAGGGAGAUGACUUGAAAGACUUCGACGAGAACCAUGAAGAAUCAAACAAUUACAUUGAAAUUCCAAAAAAGCCAGCUUCCGCUUACAUUACUGUCUCCAUCAUGUGUAUCAUGAUUGCUUUUGGUGGUUUCGUUUUCGGUUGGGAUACUGGUACCAUUUCUGGUUUUGUUGCUCAAACUGAUUUCAUCAGAAGAUUCGGUAUGAAGCAUCACGACGGUACUCACUACUUGUCUAAGGUUAGAACUGGUUUAAUUGUCGCUAUUUUCAACAUUGGUUGUGCCUUUGGUGGUAUUAUUUUGUCCAAGUUAGGUGACAUGUAUGGUCGUAAAAUGGGUUUAAUCGUUGUUGUCGUUAUUUACAUUAUCGGUAUUAUCAUUCAAAUUGCAUCCAUUGACAAGUGGUACCAAUAUUUCAUUGGUAGAAUUAUCUCUGGUUUAGGUGUUGGUGGUAUUGCUGUCUUAUCCCCAAUGUUAAUCUCAGAAGUUUCUCCAAAGCAUAUUAGAGGUACUCUGGUUUCGUGUUACCAACUUAUGAUCACCUUGGGUAUUUUCUUGGGUUACUGUACCAAUUACGGUACCAAGACUUACUCCAACUCUGUGCAAUGGAGAGUCCCAUUGGGUCUAGGUUUCGCCUGGGCUUUGUUUAUGAUCGGUGGUAUGACGUUUGUUCCAGAAUCUCCACGUUACUUAGUUGAAGUUGGUAAAAUUGAAGAAGCUAAGCGUUCUAUUGCUCUUUCAAACAAGGUUAGCGUUGAUGAUCCAGCUAUCGCAGCUGAAAUUGAAGUCGUCCAAUCUGGUAUUGAGGCUGAAAAAUUAGCUGGUAACGCUUCCUGGGGUGAAUUAUUCAACACCAAGACUAAAGUUCUACAACGUUUGAUCAUGGGUGCUAUGAUUCAAUCUCUACAACAAUUGACUGGUGAUAACUAUUUCUUCUACUACGGUACUACCGUUUUCACUGCUGUCGGUUUACAAGAUUCUUUCGAAACUUCUAUUGUUUUAGGUAUUGUCAAUUUCGCUUCCACUUUGGUUGGUAUCUUUUUAGUCGAAAGAUAUGGUCGUCGUAGAUGUUUAUUGUGGGGUGCCGCUUCUAUGGUUUGUUGUAUGGUUGUUUUCGCCUCUGUCGGUGUUACUAGAUUAUGGCCAAAUGGUAAGAAAAACGGUUCUUCCAAGGGUGCUGGUAACUGUAUGAUUGUCUUUACCUGUUUCUACUUAUUCUGUUUCGCCACCACCUGGGCUCCAAUUCCUUUUGUUGUCAACUCUGAAACUUUCCCAUUGAGAGUCAAGUCCAAGUGUAUGUCUAUUGCCCAAGCCUGUAACUGGUUGUGGGGUUUCUUGAUUGGGUUCUUUACCCCAUUUAUCUCCGGUGCCAUCGAUUUCUACUACGGUUACGUUUUCAUGGGUUGUUUAGUAUUUUCCUACUUUUAUGUCUUCUUCUUUGUUCCUGAAACUAAGGGUUUAACUUUGGAAGAAGUCAACACUUUGUGGGAAGAAGGUGUCUUACCAUGGAAAUCAACUGAAUGGGUCCCACCAAACAAAAGAAAUUCCGACUAUAAUGCUAAUGACUUGGCUGAGGACGACCAACCUUUCUUCAAGAAGAUGUUCGGAAAAAAGUAA